AUGAGCAGAAGAGGAAGUACUAGUCCAAAGCUUGAAUUGAAGCUAAACCUGUCUCCUCCAAGAGCUCACUCACCAAUUGGCUCCCCGAAUGCCUCCGAAACAUCCUCGAACAUGUCGCUUGACCGCGGCUCUUGCGUGUCGUCGGAGCCUGAACAUCAGACGAUGGACUACCAGAGCAGCCCUGAAGCGAAGGCCAUGGUGCUUGCCGGGUGUCCACGGUGCCUCAUGUAUGUCAUGCUAUCUGAUGCCGAUCCGAAGUGCCCAAAAUGCAAAAGCACAGUCUUGCUUGAUUUCCUUAUUAACGAAGAAAGCACCAAGAGGACAACAAUAUAA